GAUAUCACCAUCGGAAUGUUUCAAAAUGGCGACUGACAUGUAAACAUUUGUGUAAUUUUCGCAUUGAUUCACGAUUUAAGAUCGUUUGCAUUAACACACAACCAUGACAGCUCAGUUUUCAGAAAGCGUUGCAGCUUCUCUUGUAAGAGAAUAUCUUAGCAGAAAGGGACUUAAGACUACAUUACAAGUUUUAGAUGAAGAGUAUCCUAGAGAAGAGAGUAGCAUUAGUAACAGACAACAACUUGUGAAGGAGCUGCAUAUAGAGAAAAUCAUGAAGAAAAAUAAGGAACAGCCAAAGCCAUUGAAGGCUAUGCUGGAAGUUAUAACACAAUAUCUGCUAUCAUCUAAGAAUAAUCAAACAUUGAAGAAUGGAGACAUAGAUGUUCCAAAAUCAGCAAGUGGGUCAAGGUCAUCUCUACAUUCUGGUUAUUCUUCACGAACUCAGUACCCAACCAUGGCUAAGGAAGAUACAGAUAUUGGAUUUGAUGGAUUUCCAGUCACCCAGCAGGAUGAUGAUGAUGAUUUACUCAAACCAGAUCCAAAUUUUUCAUACCCUGUACAUAAACGGAAACCUAAGAAUACUCCAGUAAUGCAUAGUAAAAAACCAGUAGAAAGUAAAGUUCCACCAAAAUCAAACAACUCUGACCUUGUAAUUGAGGACAGUCAUGAGGGAGAGACUUUGCUAGGUGAUGGCAAAUCGGGAGUACUUCAGCUUGAGGAGGAGGAAGAUCAACUUCCUACACGGACCAUGCAGUCACGACCCCGCAGUGCUGCCAAACCGAUGUCUCUAGGCAUGUCUGGUCCAAUCACUAGUAAUGUGGAAGUUUCUAGAAGAAAAUUUCAGAAACCACGUCCACUGUCCGCCUCUAAAAACCAAAGACUGAAUUUAUUUCAAAAUGACUCACCAAAAAUAACUAGUCUAGACUCUACAGCAAAUGCCAAAACAGUUCCAAAACCUACAGUUAUAAACUCGAAACCAUUACAGAGUAAUAAUUCUGACUUGUCUUCAGAAAAAAAUAGUUCCCAUGUGAAGGAGAUAGAGACACUUAUAUCAAGUGAACGUAAGAAACCAAUAAAGGAUGUGUUAGAUAUAGAGAGUGAUGGUCAGAGACCCCCAACUGCCACUCGGAGACAGUCUUCAGUAGAAAAAGAAACAAAGCAUUACAGUGUUGAUACUUCUAGUAUUGCUGCUAAAGGCAAGAAAAAUAGUUCCGGAUUAGGCAGCAAUACUUCAUCCUCAAGUUCUAUCAAGGUGGGUGAUCUUGAGAUGGGCGAAGUAGAUGGUCUAGAUGAUGAUAUUGCCAACCUGAAUGUCGGCCCUCGUGUCAUGUCGGCCAAGGUUAAUAAAAGCCAACACAAUUGUAAACAUAUAGAUGUUAAAACUGCUGUGGCACUAAAAUCUUUGAUAUUUGGGACACCAAUGCAGAGUUUUAAUGAUGAAUGGAAGUUUCAAAGUUACAGUUUCUGUGAUAUGCCCAAACUAAAAUAUGGUAUUGUUCAGAAGAAGGGAGGCCCUUGUGGUGUUCUAGCCAGUGUUCAAGCUUGUGUUUUACAAGAACUUUUAUUUGGGGAAAAGAAAGUCGCAAUUCAGAGAUUUAAUGAGCCAACUUGUGAAGAAAGAACUGAUGCAUUAGCCAUUGCCCUUGCCAAAAUAUUCUGGAGAGCUGGCGAGAAGAGAAAAGCAGUUGUUUGUUUACCGUCUAGUCGGCCUGUUAUAGGCAGUGGUGGAAAGUUCAAAGCUGAUGAGUUCAUAGAAACUUUAUCUUUGUACACUUUUGUGGAUUUUGAUGAUCUCAAUAAUUUUAUGAAACAAGUAACUAAUCAGUUUGAAUUGGAUGGUUUAGGAGGCGUGAUUCUGUCAUUAUAUUCUGUUAUAUUGUCAAGGAAAGUUGAAGGUGUUAAAGAUGACAUGGAUGUGCCAACAAACAAACUAAUGGGAGCUCAUGGUUAUUGUACUCAGGAAAUGGUGAAUUUAUUUAUAUCAGGACGUGCUGUGUCUAACGUGUUUAAUGAUGUGAUGGAGCUAGACUCGGGAGAAGGCAAUAUUAUGAUACUAAAAGGCGUUGUGUCCCGGUGUGAUGUUGGUCUCUUGUCUCUGUUUGAACAUUAUAAAUCUUGCCAGGUUGGAACAUACCUCAAGACACCCCGUUAUCCUAUCUGGGUUGUUUGUAGUGAAAGUCAUUUCAGCGUGUUAUUCUGCACGAAGAAAGAAUUAACUAGUGACUGGAAAGCGGAGAAACGAUUUGAUCUCUAUUAUUAUGACGGCCUUGCCAGACAACAAGAGGAAAUAAAACUGACAAUAUUGACUAACAGCAGAUCAUUUGUUCAACCAUCAGAUGAAGAACUUGUGCCUCCAAUAGAUCACUGCAUUAGAACAAAGUGGGAAGGAGCAGAAGUUGACUGGAAUGGAACGGAACCAUUGUUAUAGGAGGGGGAUGAUGAUCAAAGAAAAAUGAAGGAGGAUACUUUCUCAAUACCACAGUAACCGAAAUAUUUAAAACAGUUGAUGAAAUUACAGAAAUAUUGUUGGUUACUUCUCAGUGGACAGAUAGAGGUUACGUUGUCAACAAACAGCGCCUGUGAUAACAAAAUAUUUUAUGUUAAUAUCAAAGUUAUAUUUAUUUAUGAAGAGUGAUAUAAAAUGUAAUAUAGAAGUAUAUGGGUGGGCUUCAUAAAUGUUAGUGCUUAAUGACAGUGAAUGACAGCCAUAAAAAGUGACAUUUCAUAUACUAAAGAAUGCAAGAUAGAAUUUUACAUAGAUGACUUGAUUUUUGUUAAGAAAGGGCAAGUAAAGACAGUUAAACAUAACAUAUCAUACAUUAUUCCUAUCUUGGAAACUGUCAGUGCUGUGACCCCCUAAUGCCGCUCUGGAUCUGUGCUCGAGUUCUAAUAUAUUUUUUGUGCCAAUCCUUGUUUUAGUGCAUACAACUUAACAUUUAUCAUUUACAUAGGCAACUUUGUAUGUCCAAUGCUGAUUGGUAUUGUUCAUGUGAUAUUUGUCAUCAAGAAAAACAUAGCAGGCUUUGCUUUAUGUUAGUUCUGUUAAAUCCACAUUUCAUAUUUAUAUCAAAUCAGUUCUCUUUUAAUAUUUAAGUCAAAUAUGCUUUGUUUAUGUCUCAGUUACUUGUUUUAUUGAUAUUUAUGUCUAUACUUAAAAUACAUAUCAUACUAGGUUUUGUGGAUAGAUGUGUUCAUAGAUUUAGCAAAGAUGCCAAAUAUAAAUGUUAGAUCUGAUAUACAAUGUAUAUAAUUUACUGUCUAAAAUUUUACUAAAUCAGAGGGGUCAGAUACACACAUAUAUGCGUUUUUUUAAAUAUUUUUGGCUUAAAUUGCCAAAUUUGUCCCAUCUUUGGCAUAGGUUAUAUAUACCAUAUAUUUAUUAUCCAGCAUGUGUGUAUGUUGUGUGUCUUGAGUCCUUUGUGCAAAAUUUGUAGAACGGCCUAGUCCUGCUUUGAGUUGGGCAUAGUCCAGUGUAAAGUUCAGGGAUUUCAAUAAUAAAAUACAUGUACUACAAAGGCUGGCCUGGGGCUCAGGCUGGCCUGGGAUUCUGUACCGGUGGCACCAUAAUGCUUGCUAGUAUUGAAAUAGUUAAAAUAGUCCGUGUGCAAUGUUAUUUCAACACAUACUUCUAUUAUUAAAGUAAAGAUAUGCUAUUUUUAUCGCAAUUUAUUGAGUGUUUAUUGUUAAAACUUCACAGAUCUUUUACUGUAGAUUUUAUGGAUAUGGUCAUUAUAUGAAUUAAAAUAUUCAUAUUGUUUUA